AUGCUUAGCAGGGAAAACCGCUUAGAUUUGUUGACGGGCGGGCAUGACUUUUGCAGCUCUGUCGGCCUAUUUUGGACACGGUUUGAAGAAGAGAAUCCCGGGCUGGUGCAAAAGCUGAAAGACGAAAAGGGAGACCUGGAGUGUUGUUUGCCUUUGGCUGUCUACGGGGAUGAGGGACAGUCCCAUAAAAAGGCUCAGUUCUUGAUUUUCGCCACGCAACCGACCCUGGGGUUUGGCACCUCGUUCACCCAGGAAAAGGACGGCCAUGCUUCCGACCUUGGAGUCAACAUGAUGGGGGUCAGUUGCCUGACUCGUUUCGUAUACAGCGUGAUGAAAGCAUCUCUAUACAAUCGAACUCCAGAUGUCUUCAUGUCUCUCCUCACGCAGUUUUCAAAUCAUGUUGAGGAGCUCUACAGGGAUGGAAUUAGAAUUUGGCAUUCGAAGUAUGGCAGGCACAUCGUUAUUUACCCAACAGUGCUUUUCGUGAAAGGCGACUGGCCAUGGUUGAAGAAGGCGGGAAAUCUGGUACGCACGCACCACCAAGCUGUCGCUCACCCUGGAAGGGGGCGAGGUAUAUGUCACUUAUGCCUAGCUGGCACCCCUGACCACGCAGACUGGAGCGACGUGAAUGGGAGCUGGCUUUGUGAAAGCCCACUCCAGACUGAUCAGGCACCAUGGGUGCGUGAAUCUCCUCUCUUGAAGCUUUGUCAAUUUUCUGGAACGCCGGCCAAGGCCUUGUGGUUCAGGCCAGACCUUUUCCACACCCUGCACAAGGGGGUUUUGUCUGAGCUCGCUGGGAGUGCCCUUGUUGUUCUUCUAGACCAUAACUUUGAUGGGUUCUCUGGAGACAUUCCGAGCCGUCUUGCUGAACUCCACUCAGAGCUCAGAACUUGGUGUCGUGGCCACCAGGUCCCUCUCCACAUGUCUGGCCUGUCCCGAACAAUUUUGCACUUUGAGAAGUCAGCAGAUUUCCCAACUGGGGGAUGGUUCAAAGGAGCAGACACUUCUGCAGUCUGCCGCUUUCUGGAAGCCAAGCUCAAGGAGGUCUUGCUCCGGAGCGAUUCUCUUCACGAAUAUAUCGGUUCUAUCUUGGCGGCCGUGACAGGUGGCAAUGCAUUCUUGCGAGCACUUUACAAUGCGAACCUGUUCUUGGGAAAAGCGGAGGCAGGACUUGUCGCAUCUCAUGGACGGCAGUUGCUUGAGGGCUACAUGAAAGCUGCUUCUUUGAGUUACUCGCUGGGCUACACGAGAUUUAAGCUAAUACCAAAAGUGCACAUGCUAGCGCAUUUUGUCCUUCUCAUGGAAGAAGCCAGCCGGACAAGAACAUGGUGUUUGUCACCUCUAUCCUACUCAUGUCAGAUGGACGAAGACCUAGUCGGUCGAUGCAGUGCAAUGUCUCGAACAUCUUCGAUUAGAACGGUGCACCAGCGCACUUUGCGCAAAUACCUGGUGAAUGUCAAAUUUCAUUUACAGCAAGAGCCCCGUGAGUGCAAAAAAGCACUAAGGGCUGAACCGUCGAAGCGUCAGAAGCUGACGCGUUGA